AACACGAAAUACUUCGAAUUCCACAAAAGUAUUGAUUUGUUUACAAGUGGCGAAGGGAAGACAAGUGGCAUAAUUUUCACGUAUUUACUGGUAUUUCCAUGCUAUAGAUAUAUGCAGCAACCUUGUCAAAACGAUGGUCCAGCGAUGUCGUGGCAAUGGAUAACUCAUUGAUCGUGUAUUGAGGGAGUGUUGACGGAAGCCCUGUCUUUAGUCAUGUAUGGGAUGUUGGUUGUGCAUUGUGUGGGCAACUUGGAGGCAUGGAGGGAAGGGGGGUGGCGCACCUCGACACAGUGAGGGCGCUGCACCAGACCGUGGUCUCGCUACGGACCGCUCUGGAAGUGUCCAAGAAUGAACUGAAAGUGCUAAAAGAAAAAUACCAAAAACACUCCGAGUGCAUUGACUUUACGGACAUAAUUGAAAAGUUGACUCUAGAAAACCAUAUUCUGAGACGACGAAUCAUUGAUUCGGGUGGCAACGAAAGUGAUGGCUCUAAAACUGCACAGAAUAUCCAGUUGCAAGUGACUUACAGUCCCCGUUCGCAAGGCAGGGACUCUGCCAGUGAAAUAGUUAUAAAAACAGAAACUCCAGAUAUUAAUAGUGAAUUUAUAGAAGUUAGGGAAUCGGUUUCAGCUACGUCUGAAGAAGAGGAGGAGCAGCCAUACUGUCCAACUGAUGACCAGCUCGAUGGCAGUUUCGUUGGAGAAUUGCAUCCUGAAAUUGAAAGUCCAUUGGCCUCUUCAUCACCUCACAACGAGUCCCCUGUAGACGAACCUUGCAGUCAGGUAAGAAUUUCCAAACAUGAAACAAAUGCUGCUGGCGAAAGCUACAAAACUAAACUAGAACUUCUAUCUAAGUUUGAUGUUCGAAUAAAAGUCCGAACUAUCAAAGAAGGAACAGUAUCCUCAGACACAACAACCGAGUCUGAUUCUUCAGCAGAAGAACAAAGGAAGAAAUCAGAAAAGGACAAGCCAAAAACUGUAAUAGAAGAGCAGGUACAGCAUAUUGGUAAAGUAGAAGACUCGAGCAACUUGAGAGUUGAAUCUGUGACUUCAGAGAGGUUCAAGAUGGCAUUUCCGAACGAAGGUGAGAGUAAAGGCAAGGGAGACAAGUUUGAUGUGCAGGUGAAGAUCACGUCUGAAGAGAACUUGGUGGUGAAGGAAGGAUUUGAUGAGAAGAAGGGGAAAGAUCCGCUUAACCUGGAUGUGGAUGACUUGAGUUUCAGAUCAAUGUCCGAAGGCGACAACUCGGUCUUCUCCGAGACCAACUCUCCCGAACUAGAGGCGCGCGGGGGUGCGGGGGGCGCGGGGGAGGGGGAGGGGCCGGGCAGCGGCACCGAGUCUGAAGAAGUGGACGAUAUAGAGCUGAUCUUCACUACUGAUGAGUCGAAGGAUAUGAGCCAUUUGCAGGAGGACCUCGUCUCAAUCCGGGAGGGCGAGCCCUGGAGUCCCUCCCACGUGUCAACCACCCACUCCACCCCGGUCCUGAUCAAGUUCCACACCCUGGACCCAGACGCUCACCCCGGGGCAGAGACCACAGACAACGCGGAGAACGAAAACCAGGAGAACACCAGCCUCCAAGGAGCUAUAGCUGACUCCUCAUUAAGAAUGAAAAGAGUGUCUUUACCCAAUGAUAAAGAAAUCAGGAAUAUAAAACAGUCCGGCUUGGGGAAAAGCUUAGACUUACCCGGGAGGGGUAUACUCAAAACUGGGUAUAACAAGUCGGAUAACACCCUGUAUAGGCGAAGCCCGAAUACGAGUAAUAGACGACUGGAUAGCGUGGAUAGUCUCACGUGUGAAUAUAAUAGGAAUAUGAGCAUGGAUAAUACGAAGUCUUCAAGCUUUGAGCUCGGGUCUAGCAUGGAUAUGCUUCAAAGAGAGGAGAGUGUGGAUAGCUUCCAUAGGCCGAGUCGCCUCGGGUACAGGUACUCGAUGUUUCCUGCCACGGAUAUAUCCAAGUGUGGUAUAUCGGAGGAUGACUUGUCCGCCAAUUUGCAAGUGCGACGCAAUACUUGCCCUAAUCCGUUUCAAUACAGGCCCCUCCAGCCCUCUACCCAGCGCGCGGGCCCGCUGAAGGCGCGGCGGCGGCGCGAGGCGGCCGCGCAGACCGCCGUGUGCGCCCUGCCGCCGCGCUGCCGCUCCGACGAGCACCUCGCGCUGCAGGUACUGCCACUAUGCCGCGCAGACCGCCGUGUGCGCCCUGCCGCCGCGCUGCCGCUCCGACGAACACCUCGCGCUGCAGGUACUGUGACCCCUACUGCUCACACAAUACAGGCCACUAUGCCGCGCAGACCGCCGUGUGUGCCCUGCCGCCGCGCUGCCGCUCCGACGAACACCUCGCGCUGCAGGUACUGUGACCCCUACUGCUCACACAAUACAGGCCACUAUGCCGCGCAGACCGCCGUGUGUGCCCUGCCGCCGCGCUGCCGCUCCGACGAACACCUCGCGCUGCAGUUCCCCGUGCGGCCGGAGCGGUCCCCGAUGCCGCGGCUGCCGCAGCGUAUGGCUGUUCCUCCACGCCCCGACCCGCCGCGCCGCCAGCUGCUUAGCGACCUCGGUUUCACAUCGAUGGUGCCUGAGCUCUCUCGCUCGGCGGACCCGGUGUGGGCGGCCGGCCAGCGCUGCGCCUGCGCGGACCAGGCGCACGCCGCCGCCGCCGCCGCCGCCGCAGCCGCCGCCGUUGCUCAUAAUGCUAACGACGCCAGGUACCCAGCUGUUCCAGGCCCGUCCCGCGCCCCUCACCGCUCGCCGCUCGUCAGCGGGGACCGCGGCAACGACUGGGCCCCGCGCAACCAUAUCCCGAGCUUCAGACGAGAAUCCCGGCUGUGGCGAGGCUCGCUGCCGGACGUGCGUUCAGAAGACACGGACUCGCUGCUCGAGGAGACCGACGCCUACCUGCGCCGCUCCGCCGACAACCUGCGCAGCUGCUCCGAACACGACUACAUGGGCAACCUGGGCACCCCCUACAUCCCGGCGGCGCCGCGACAACUGCGCCUCGGCCACGCGGUCAAGGUCAUCACGCCGCUCGGCCGCCUCGCCGUGGGCCGCGUGCGCUACGUCGGCCUAGCCGGGCCAUCCUCUGCAGACCUCUCCAUCAUGAUCGGCCUGGUCUUCCCCCUCGAUGUAUACCCGUGGCUGUCCCGAGCCGACCCCGCCCCCGCGCGCCGCUACUUCCCCUCCCCGCCCCGCCACGCCGCGUUACUGCUGCCCUUCAACAAGUGCGUCAUGGCGUGGGCCAACUGAAGGUACUGGGGUAGGGACGGAUAAGCUGCCUAAGGCGGAACUUUCCUAAACUACCCCUUCUAAAUUACUCGACGAACAAAACG